AGGACAAGGGAGAAGAGGCAGUGCAAGAGGAGGGGAGAUUGGGCUACAGGAGGAGGGUCUGUGAACUUGAGAGACUUAGACAAAAAACAGAUGACAAGAGACAAAAGAGUAGGAGAAUCUCCUGGAUGUUGGAUACAUUGUGUCACCAGAGGACAGAGAAGAUACCCAGAUGCAUUGGUGCAAGAGACAGGGACCUAGCAAGAAAUGAUCCCUCCCAUUGCCCAAUGCAAACAUUACCCUGCACAUCACACUAACAAAGAGCACAUGUAUAAAUAGAAGAUCACAAAGCACUGUAAACAUUCCAGCACAGACACAUAAGUACAAACAUCCAAUCUAUCACACAUUGUAUCCACACACACAUACUGGAACUCUGCCCUGACAUCUGGACCACUACAGUACCAUGCUGUCCCAAACCAUCCAUUGAUAAAAGCACCAACCUGCAACCUCAAGAUGCUUCAUCUCCUCCUGCUCCUGCUCUGCUCAGUUGUGCAAGAGGUCACCCUACUUGUUCCAGAUAUUCCUCUCAGCUUUUCCCUGGAUGCAGACAUCGUGCAUCCUGUCCGAGUAGAUGAACAUGGUAGUUUUCUAACCUAUGACCUAACUCCUCGAAAUCUACAGAAGAGGGGACUUUCUUCAAGCACUGGUUCCUCUACCUACUAUGGGAUCAAGUACAAAGGAGUUGAGUUGACUUUCAACCUUAGUCAGAACCACCAGCUGCUGGCCCCAGGCUUUGUUAGUGAGUGGCGUAAUGGAGGCAUCCGGGAGUCAAGUAUUGUCAGUAAACCUUCCAGCUCAUGCCAUAUGCAGGGCGAGGUACAGACCCACCACCAUCAAGUUGGAAAUGCUGCCAUCAGUAUCUGCAGCGGUCUGAGAGGUGUCUUCCAGUUGGAACAUGAGGAUUUCCUGAUAGAACCAGUGACAACAGAAGUGCCCUCUUUAGAAGAAGGAAUGCCUCAUCGGAUCUAUCGUCGUCACUUGGCUGAUGGACAGGAGUCAGGGUACAACAGCUGCGGUGUCAAGGAGUAUCCAGACAGCCAUGAUAAGUGGGAGAGAAGAAGGGAACGCUGGGAGCAGACAAAGGCAAGAGCAAGAAGAGAGCGACCUAUAUCUCGACGAUCCAUUAGUAAGGAAAAGUGGGUGGAAACCCUGGUUGUGGCUGACCCCAAGAUGGUGGAAUAUCAUGGAAAAAACAAUGUAGAGAACUACGUACUGACUAUUAUGAAUAUGGUAGCUGGGCUUUUCCAUGAUGCUAGUAUUGGGAACAGGAUAAACAUCGUUGUUGUGCGUCUGAUUCUACUGGAAAGCGAUGAGGAGGAACUGAAGGUUUCCCAUCAUGCUGACAACUCUCUACGCAGUUUUUGCAAAUGGCAGAAGGCCAUGAACAUGAAAAGUGAAGAGCAUCCUUUACAUCAUGAUGUUGCUGUUCUUCUUACCAGAAGAGACAUAUGUGCUUCCAUGAAUCGUCCAUGUGAAACUCUUGGUCUUUCCCAUGUGUCUGGAAUGUGCCAACCACACCGCAGUUGUAACAUAAAUGAAGACACAGGUCUGCCAACCGCCUUCACUGUCACCCAUGAAUUAGGACACAGUUUUGGGGUACAACAUGAUGGCAUUGGAAAUGACUGCGAAGCCAAAGGAAAGAGACCUCACAUUAUGUCACCACAGUUGUUGUAUGACACAUCUCCGCUAACCUGGUCCCGCUGCAGCAGAGACUAUAUCACCCGCUUCUUGGAUCGUGGAUGGGGUCUUUGCUUGGAUGAUCCACCUAGUAAAGAGUUGCUGGAUUUUCCUUCUGUGCCUCCAGGAGUCCUGUAUGAUGUUGGACACCAGUGUCGAUUACAAUAUGGAUCUGGUUCCACCUUCUGUCAAGACAUUGAUAAUGUGUGUAACUCACUCUGGUGCUCUGUGGGAACAACAUGUCACUCUAAACUGGACGCUGCCGUGGAUGGAACCACCUGUGGGGACAAUAAGUGGUGCUUUGGUGGUGAAUGCAUCCCAGUUGGACAGCGUCCAGCUGCUGUAGAUGGAGCAUGGGGAUCCUGGAGUUCAUGGUCAUCUUGUACGAGAAGCUGUGGAGCUGGUGUGCAGAAUGCAGAGCGGCAUUGCAGUAAUCCAUCGCCAAGAUAUGGAGGGAAAUACUGUCUCGGAGAAAGAAAAAGAUACCGUGUGUGCAAUGUUCUGCCCUGUGCCCAAGGAGUCCCUUCCUUCAGGCAGAUGCAGUGCUCCCUGUUCGAUUCAGUUCCUUACAAAGGAAAGCUGCAUAUCUGGAGUCCAGUGUUAAUGGCAAUAAAUCCAUGUGAACUUCACUGCCAGUCAGAUACUUUGUUCUUUGCUGAGAAGUUGCGAGAUGCAGUGAUUGAUGGAACACCAUGUUAUGAAGGGAAUACAAGCCGAGAUAUGUGCAUCAAUGGCAUUUGUAAGAACAUUGGCUGUGACCAUGAGAUUGACUCAAAUGCAGUGGAGGAUCGCUGCGGUGUCUGCCAUGGGGACUCUUCUUCGUGUCACACUGUGCAGAAAACAUUUGAGGAUAGUAAUGGACAGGGGUAUGUUGACAUUGGUCUGAUCCCACCGGGUGCUCGUGAGAUCCAGAUUGAGGAAGUAGCUGAGGCAGGAAACUUCUUAGCGUUACGAAGUGAAGAUCCAGAGAAAUAUUUCCUAAAUGGCAAAUGGACCAUUCAGUGGAAUGGAGAUUAUCAAGCUGCAGGGACAACCUUCACCUAUACUCGCACUGGCAACCUGGAAAACCUUACUGCACCUGGACCCACAUAUGAGCCUGUGUGGAUACAGCUCCUGUUCCAGGAGAAGAAUCCUGGAGUCCGGUACCAGUAUACCAUCAGGAGGGAUCUAGAUGGCAGCAAUGAGAUUCAACCACCAGAUUUCUCAUGGAGAUAUGGCGCAUGGUCUGAAUGCUCUGCCACUUGUGGCACUGGGGUACAAAGACAGCUAGUUCACUGUGUUGAAAAAGUUGCCGGUCUUGUGGAAGAAAGGUAUUGUGAUUCACUAACACGACCGGAUGACAGACAGAGGAACUGCAAUGAGGAUCCUUGUCCUCCAAGAUGGUGGGUGGGAGAGUGGCAGCAGUGCUCUAUCACGUGUGGGAUGGGAGGUGUACAGAAGAGAACAGUUUUAUGUAUUCAGCGAGUGGGACUGGAUGAACAACGUGCAUUGCUACCGUCAGACUGCCAGCACCUUCCUAAACCUGAACCCAGUAUUACCUGCAACCACCGUGAACCUUGCCCUGCUGUCUGGCACCAUGGAAACUGGAGUCAGUGCUCUGUCUCGUGUGGAGAUGGGUUCCAGUAUCGAGAUGUGUAUUGUGAUAAUGAUAUCGAAGGUGGCACCUGUAAUCCUUUAGAGCGUCCUAUCAGCAAGCGAGUAUGUGUGAUGCCAUUAUGUUUUCCUGGUUUGAACCCAUUUGACUUGUCUGGAAGUGGAGGGUUCAGCAAAGAGAUUUUGAACAAAAUAUUCCCAGGUCUUCCAAGAUCUUCUAAUGGCAACCAGCAUUCAUUGGAAGACAACUCUAUCUCUGAAGGAGACUUUUCCAGUGCCGGAGAUGGCAGUCAGGGAAAAGUUGGAAGGACAUUUGUUGAUGACUUCUAUUAUGAUUACAACUUUAUAAAUUUUCAUGAGGAUUUGACAUAUGAACAUGUAGAAGACAAUAAUUUUAAUGGAGGGGAAGAAUUAGAGCCAGAGUACCUCCCAACACAUCCUUCUUAUCUGGGAAUAGGAAACGAAAAGCAGGGUACUGAAAAUAUUCAGUCAAAACAUAAUCCAUAUCUCACCACAAUUUCUAGUGAGAGUUGGAGGACUUCAGAAAACCCUGUUAUAUCAGUAGAAGACCAAACUGAUGUCAGUGCCCCUGAAGAAUCACCUACAACUACAAAACAAUCCUUCUUAAUGGACCAAUACACCCCAUCAUCCAGUGACAUACAGGAAAGACAUACCAUCAGUGAUUCAAGAUAUCCAGAUCACAUAAUACCAACAGCUGACAUGCCAGACGAAACCUCAGCUUUAACCCUGACCAUGGUUAAAGGAUUGCCAAGCAACAUACAUCCAACUCUACCUCAUCUUGUUACACAACAGCCUACAGGUGCACCAGAAAUAGUUACAUCAUUCCUGUCACCUUAUACCUCUUCUUACUUUUCGGUUUUAGAUACCACACAAAAUGAAGCACCAUUUUCUUCUACUUCUUUACCAGACCCAGCUUACAAAAGUUCUGAAAAUCCAGUCACACCCAAUCAGUUGGAAACAUUUACAGACCAAACAUUAGAGGAUCUUGAAUCAUCUGAAACAGAUCUACCAUCUAAACAAGAGAGAAGCAAUUCACUGAAUAAUUUUUUGCUGAAUGGGAUAUUAACUACUUUACUGGAGGCUGAGGAUUUCUCAUCGACUGCUCCAAUGUCAACUUCUGUUGAUCCUGUACUUACUGUAAAGUCCACCUUGCAUGAAACAAAUGACUAUAUAACCUAUAGCAGUCCUCAAGUUACCACAUCUUCACCCACUUGGACAACCCCAAACCUGAGAAACAUCCUGAUGUCUGUCACAACACACAUUCCAGACCAUUAUCCUGGAGGAAGCACUUAUCCUCAUCUCAAGGAGGAAGUAUCAGGAGAUUCUGUCACACCUCUUUACAAUCUCUCCUUAUCUCAUGGAGGUGACAAACUAGUGAGAAGUCACUGGGAAGUUGGAAACUGGACUGAGUGUUCUACCUCUUGUGGUCUUGGUGCCAUGUGGCGUACGGUUAUAUGUAGAGAAUAUGACAAUGGUACAUGUGAUAUCAAAACCAAGCCAGCCCCUGCUCGGCGCUGCCAUCUACGGCCAUGUGCAUACUGGACAGUGGGAAACUGGAGCAAGUGCUCAAGUAGUUGUGGGACUGGAGUUCGUCUGAGAGAUGUCCAGUGUGUGGACACAAGGGACAAGAGGCAGCUGAGGCCGUUCCAUUGUCAGAGUACUGUCUACAAACCACGGGUCCAGAUGGUUUGUCACGAGCAGAAGUGUAUGGAGUGGUAUGUUUCGUCUUGGCGGGAGUGUUCAGAGGAGUGUGGUGGGGGCCUGCAGCAGAGGUUGGUCACGUGUCCCCUGGCCGGUCACUGUGAAGAACGUCUAAAGCCUAACAACACCCGUUCUUGCAAUGAUCAUCCAUGUACUACAUGGGCUGUGGGGCCCUGGGGUCAGUGCACAGCUUCCUGCGGAGGAGGUAUCCAGCGUCGUCAGGUGAAAUGCGUGAACAAAAGAACUGGGGCUGCUGAGGAAGAUAAUAAUCUGUGUGACCACGAGCCGUGGCCUGAAAACCUCCAGAAAUGUAACCCACAGGACUGCCAGCAAAACAAUUCCAGUCUUCAGUGCACCCGUGACCGUCUCACAUUCAGCUUCUGCCGGACAUUGAGAAUCCUUGGCCGUUGUUCCUUGCCUACAGUCCAAGCUCAAUGCUGCCAGACUUGCCAGUCUCAUAUUCAAAGCUCUCGUGAACAGAGUAACCAGCGGGUGUCCAGGAGGUGAGGAUGAUAGCCAUGUCUCUAAUCUCAGGAACCAAAUGACUGUACAGUAAUUGGUUAUCUCAAAGUCUGCUGAAGAAAGUCCACAGAUCCGUCCCUGCAGAUUUUUUUUUUUGCAUCCUUUUUGCAUCCUAAAAGGGAUAGAGGUGAGCAACACUGCAUCUGCGAAUGGUUUAACAUUUCACAUCCAUUGCCCUGUACGCAGGAAUCCUAUUCAAAAAUGCAGUCUUUGGAUUUUUGGUGCUUUUUGUCUUCAAGGGACCUCAAAUAAAACUAUUGAUGAUUCACUGGCUGGCCAGUGGAGGAAUCUGAUGCUCCUUAUAAAAUUCUGCUUCUUGGUGCUGUAGGUUUCUUCUUUGGAUUAGUUACAAACAACUAUGGUGUAACCUAUAAUAAUGUUGCAUCCUUAAGAUAAGAAGAAGUCAAUGUCCACUUUUCUGACCUGUACUAUUUACUUCUGUGGCAUUUUGCACUAUUCAUGUUGUGGGUUCUGCUACAUGAGUGUGCCACUGCUGAAAACGUCCAGAAUGAAGAGUGAAAUGAGUAAUAAGGACUUGUGAAUGUGAAGAUCUUAAAAGUGACAAAUCCAACAUAAGAAGUCUUCCACCUGCCAUUUACAAGUAUUUAUAGGUCAGCAAGUGCAUAUACCGCUAUAUACAACCAUACACAUCACUUCUAACCAUCCCAUGGUGCUGUCUGUCUGAACCAAGAACUGGCCUCCUAGUCACAAAAGCCUGGGCUGUACUAGAACUUGUGGUCAUAGCGCUAGUGAACCAUACCUCAAGGAAUAAUCCAUAGAAAAUAGUGCUGUACAAGUCUGUGUAGCACUGAAGACUUGUGGUCAUUUGGCAGAGUAUAUGGCAUAAAGACUGUAGUGUAUUUGUGUAAGGGACUCAGAUAUGUAGCAAAGCAAUGGAAACAACCAUGUAUCUUACACUGUUGUGGAUGGAGGUUGAAGUGCACUAAGAGGUGAAUUGUUGUAUAAACCCCAUCGGAACUUGGUGCUAUAAUUAUGAAGUGACCACUAUCAUCAUCCUUUAUAAAGAAGACUAACCUGGUGAAGGGAUUCUCUUGCUCUUUGUGGAUCUUCCAGGUGCCAUUACCCGAUAUUUGACCUGCCCCAUUUUCAAUAAACAUUUUUGUAUGCCAAUUAAAUACUUUAAACUUUUUGAAUUGUCAAUGCAUUACUCUCUAUCAUAAAUAC